AGUGCUAGUGAGUGCUGGAUUCCUCGUAGAUGUGAAUUCACCUUCGGACCGAGAGGUCGGCGUUCGUUCUCUCGCGUCUCCCCCGUGCCGUUUGCGCAUCCGCGCAGAAUUCGUGAGUGUGCUGCAACGAUCCGCGGGCAUGUCGUCCGUUGCGCGAAAUCGGUUCCUGUCGGCGCUCAGCGUCGCGCGGCGCCUCGUUGCCGUCGACCACGCGCACGUAGCACACAUGGGCGUGCGCCGCGGGAAUGCGGCGUGCUGGAGAACAUUGGAGUGUAAUAUGCGAACGGUGCAUUCCGUAAUACAACCGACACAAACAUGGGUCACAAGCAAGGACGAAAGUCGAGAGAUGAUGGCAGUGUGGCCAGAUGUUGUUCGCGAUCUAACAGAUGUGACUAAGAAUUUGAAUAUUCCUGAUGUUACGAAAUGGAUGGCAAAAAUAUUACAGUACAAUGUCCCAGGAGGAAAAAAAACUCGUGCUUUAACAUUAGUCUAUGCCUAUAAGGCACUGGCACCAAGUGAUCAACUUACGGAAGAAAACAUUCGUUUAGUACGGAUUUUGGCAUGGUGUCUGGAACUGAUGCAAGCAUUUUUCCUCACGAUAGACGACAUACAGGAUCGAUCUACACUUCGCCGAGGCCAACCAUGUUGGUAUCUAUAUAAUGAUAUAGGUUUAGCAGCAAUCAAUGAUGGUUUACUGUUCCAGUGCGCUAUGUUUUAUCUAAUUCGAAAACAUUUCAAAGGGAAAGAUUAUUAUGUUAGUCUACUAGAAUCAUUUCAUGAUAGUAUAUUGAAGACUGUAAUGGGUCAAAGUUUAGACAUGCUCUCUAUCAAUUUCGGCAAGAAACCUAAUCUGGAUUUGUUUACGAUGAAUCGAUACAAUUCCAUUGUCGAAUACAAAACAUCACAUUAUUCAUUUGUUUUGCCAGUAACCAUAGCAAUGCAGUUAGCCGGAAUAAAAGAUCCAGAGAUGUUCAGACAAGCAAAAACUAUUUUAUUAGAAAUGGGACAUUUGUUCCAAGUGCAAGAUGAUUAUUUAGGUUGUUAUGGAGAGUCUAGUAUCCAUGGCAAGGAUUAUACUGAUAUAGAAGAAGGCAAAUGUACCUGGCUGAUUGUCGUAGCUCUUCAACGUGCCACUCCGGAGCAGCGCAAAAUUUUAGAAGAAUGUUACGGCUCUUCGGAUCCGGAGAAAGUAAGACGUGUGAAACAGCUUUUCACUGAUCUUGGUUUACCAAAUACUUAUUCUAUAUACGAAGAAGAAACAUAUAAUCUACUAAAUGUACAUAUACAACAGAUAUCACGCGGGCUUCCACAUAGUUUGUUCUUGAAUUUAUUAAGGAAGCUUUAUCAUAGAGUGUCAUAA